CUACAGACAGACCGACUCAGGGGCUGGCCGCCUGAUAGUUCACAGCGAAAGCACGUCUGUGUGAGAGGCACUAUACGUGUCCUGCCUCACCAUGUUGUUGUUGUUGUUGUUGAUGUUGUUGAAAAUGUCCCUGAACACCGCCAGUUUGGCAUCUGCCAACAUCCCUUGAGUCUCCUCGUCGGGGUUGACGGCAUGGUUUCUGCUGCCUUGUUGCUGAGGGCUUUGGUGAUUGACGGCUCGUGGUACCGGAUCGAUGCCUUGUAGGUCGAGCCGGGUUUUCAGCCGCGUUGCCUCCUCCUCCAGUACCCUCAGAGGAGCCUUGUGCGGUCAAAUGGAAUGCCGUGGCCGUUCGCGCUGUUGCGGCCUGAAACACACACGCAUGGAGCAAAUCAUCCAACGAAAAACGCCUUCUUCUCUCAAGUCUUCUUGCCCUCAGGAGCUGGCGGAGGGGAUGCGGAACACAGAUCGGGCUUCCCGAAAGGAGGCGUUUUGUGAGAUGGGAGGCGCGCAGAUCAGGCUCUAACGAGAUGUCAUCCGGAUGAGCUCUGAACGACAGGAGAGAAAGGAUCAAUCCGAGACAGGAGCCCGGCUUCUUGUUCGUUCCUCACCCGCCCCGAGACGGCUUGGUGGGCGUCUUAAUCUCUCCCGGCUCAGUGACAACACGAUACUGAUCUUUCUACAUCUCACACGAGGCACGCAACACGAACAACAACAGAUCACAGCAUGCGGAAAAGCCUUUUCGUCUUACUUAUUCGAGGUAUCCACUUUUGUUGAGCUUGAUUUGUCUCCGUCCCGUGUUUCGGCAAACCAAGAGUGUUCCAAAGCCUCUCCCGCCGACCUGCCGCGACUAUAUGACAAUCCGCUUGUACCCAUCAUACUCUUCUUUGCUGCUGAAGGCGCUAGCAUCGUAAUCAUCAUUGUUGUCAUACUCGUCUGCCGCGCCUUUGAAGGGCUCGUGCUUGGCGGUCUCUUUUGGGGGUCCUUCGCCAAUAGAACUUUCUCCUUGUCCGAUUUUCAAACGCAAAACC